AUGCCGAUCAACGAGAACUUUCCCUACGAAAUAUUACGGGAUCAUCAAUCAUUUCGUCUUCUAGAAAUUGAAGAUGACCCGAGGAAUAGCACUAUCAAUUGUACUUUGACGUCAUAUUCUCUUCUAGUAGCACCUUUAUACCAAGCACUGAGCUACGUAUGGGGUCCUCCGGCGACAACUAAUGGCAAAUCGAUUCAAUGCAACGGCCACGAUUUCUUCGUCACCGACAAUCUCUACGGAGCUUUGCGUCGCUUGAAAACAAUACGAGAUUGUCGGUUUAUCUGGAUCGAUCAAGUCUGCAUCAACCAAAAUGAUCUCCAGGAACGAUCUCAGCAAGUCAGUGUCAUGAGAGAUAGCUACAGCCAAGCUGGGCUCGUCAACGCUUGGUUGGGCGUGACCGACUCACCUGAAUCUGCCCGUGUCGCCGACAUGAUCUCGACCAUGGCAUCGGAUUCCUGGCCUCAUACUAUGGAAAGCGGCGAAACUUUUGACGAUAAAAAACUACAGAGUCUCGGCCUACCACCACAAAACUCUCCGACCUACGUAGCUUUCAACAACAUGCUCAGUAUUCCAUACUUCUCCCGAGUCUGGAUCAUACAAGAAAUCGCCGUGGCUAAAUCCUACAGGAUCCUCUGGGGCGAUAUUACCAUUCCUGGUGACACCUUUUACCGCUCCAGUGGGGGUUGGCUCCUCGCGCAAAGUGUGUUGAAGCUUCCUGAUACAAUACACGCUUUCAAGAAUGCCGCCAUGCUUCUCGUGGGGAAUCACCAAAGUAAGGACUGGUACUACCUAGUAGUCAGGUUCAUAGGUCAUGAGGCGACAGAUCCUCGCGAUAAAAUCUAUGCUUUCAUUGAACUUGCGGACCAGGCGGAGUAUGACAUCGUGGCUGAUUACAAGCCUGUUCUCGAGGUCUACCGGGACUUCGCCCUCAAGAUAAUUUCCGCAGCGAAGAAGCUCAAUAUUCUUCGCUUCUCCACAGUCCAAGAUCUCGACGCGGAGAAAAGACCUUUGUAG